GAUAAUGUCAAAGUCAUGUCAAAAGUAUGUGUCAUCGUGCUUAUGUCAUUGUCAUUUACAUGAUGUUUUGGUUGGCAGUUUGAUUCGGGGGCACUUGUUGGAAAUUAUUAGAAGACUUUUUAAGUAAACAGUAUUAUUAAGUUUAAAUGUAAUGGAUCGAGACAGAAGUAAAGAUGCUUCCGAAGGAAUUGCGCCAAUGGGUAUCCAAGCCCUCAAUGAGACAGUGCUCAGUAACCAACCAGAGUCUCGGUAUGAAUGCCCGGUGUGUCUCAACUGGCUGCGAGAUCCAGUCAUCACUACAUGCGGACAUAAAUUCUGUAAAAGCUGUAUCACUUCAUGGUUGCAAAAUAGUGGUCACUGCCCCAUAGACAAUAUAAACUUGAGUAUGAAGGUGGACAUAUUUCCUGACAAUUAUACCAAAAGGGAGAUACAGGAGCAGAGAAUGAACUGCCCAUUCUCUACUAAAGGCUGCACAGUGAAAGUGACUCCCCUAGACUUGGACGCCCACAUAGCGGCCUGCGAGUUCAACCAACCAGAGACGUCCACUCAGCCAGAGAUCAAAGUGCCGUGUUCAUUCCAAGCUGUAGGCUGUAAGGACACGUUCGAUAGCCAAGAGGAGAUGAACCAACAUGUUCAAACUGAUGUGCAGAAACAUAUGAGUCUCCUAAUGAAUGCAUACUCAGAAAUGAAGAUCAACAACGACAUGUCGAACGCGAGCAUCGACGCUAAAGAACAGGAAGCUAUGACACUGUGGGAGGCGCCUGACAAGGACGGCAACCAAGCUGCGUCUGCGCCGCUUAAUAACACUAGUGCUCUUAUAAGAGCACUAUACGAAAGAGUAGUGGUUCUAGAGCAGAGAAACCGCGAACAAGACAUAGUCAUAGCUAACAUGUCUAAACAGCUGUCUGCCUUCACCAUAGCUAAGAUGAAACAGAACAAUGAUAUGUUACUGCGAUAUUGUAUGGGAAACUACGUGUGGAAGAUUGAUAGCUUUAAAGCGAGGCUCGAUGCUAUGUUGAAGGAUCCUUAUAAGAUGUUGUAUAGCCCCGGGUUUUAUACUUCGCCUAAUGGUUAUAGAUUCUGCGUCCGCCUCAACAUAUCACCUAUGAACCGUCACUGUUUCGCUCUUCACGUGCACCUCAUGAAAACUGAAAACGACGACUGUCUCGACUGGCCUUUCAACGGUCGCAUUUCCUUCGCAAUGAUAAACCAGUAUAACCCUGAAUUAUCUCAGAAAGACACAAUGAUGUCCAACUCUUCACUCAUAGCUUUUAGGAAACCGACUGCGGAGAUUUGUAUGAGAGGUUUUGGCUACACGGAAUAUGCGGUAGUCAGUGAUGUGAUUAGAAAUGGAUUUGUUAAAGAUGAUGUGCUUAUUGUAAGGGUAGGUAUCAAGUGUGUAUGACAUGCGGAGUAGGUUUUUUGUUGUUUUUUUUUUAUGUCUUGGUCUGUGCAAAAUGCUCGAUGUUGAUCGAAAAUGUGAGAUAGCUUUAUGCGUUUUGCACAGGUCAUACAUGUUUUUUUUUUUUUGUUAAUUGAAAUCAAGUAUUAUAUAUUUUUUUUUUUUUUGUAUGUUAGCAGCUCAAGAAUCUAUAGAAACAUAGAUUCCGUCCAUAAUGUAGUGUUAUUAUACUUAUUAAGAAAUCGAAAUGAUCAAAUGUUAUAUUUUUGUUAUAUGUACCAAAUUACUUUAUCAGGAAUCUCUUUGUUAAAGAAUCUUUAUAAAAAUGUAUACUUUAUCAAUUUAAAUAAAAUUUAAUGUUACCGCAAGUUAUGAAUGUACUUAAAUAAGUAAUUUUAAAUGUAAGAAUACCGGAUUAAUUCCGUCCACGCCCCAGGGAUUUUAGAAUAGUAAUAGUUAAUAGAAAUAAAUUUAUGUAUAGAGACACGUUCUGAAUCAAUUUUAAGUACUUUUAAUAUUUUAUAAAUAUUUCGACCUGAAAUAAGUCAAUUAUUCCGAAUAUCAGUAUUUUUAUGUACUUACAUUCCAACAUUGUAGAUUAAGCAAUUGUACUUUCAUAUAUUUUUUAUCAUUUUACGUAAUAUUUAAAACGUUUAAUUUAAUACUUGAGACUGGUGCCUUAAUACUUUGUUUUGUUUUAUGGAUUAAGAAUAUAAUAUAAAUGCAUUAUACACAAAAUAAA